GUGAUUUGUGUUAAUUUCAGUACCCGUUAUUCUGGGGGAGCAUUUUGCACAUUCAAAUAGUAGAGAACGCCUCUCUCAUAUUAUACAUCACUUUUGGUUUAGGACGUUGUCUGUCUCGAUGGAAAUUGAAAUCGACAAAGUUUUAUUUUGAAACUUUUUUUUUUCAACCGGAUAUUCGGUGUAAGUCUUUGGUGUCGACUACAACCUCAGCUGUGUGGCAGGCGAAGAAUUUAUAACACCAGUGGUACGGGAACCCAGAGAAGAACAGGCGGAGAAGAAGACUGUCUGUCUGUCUGUCGCCGGUUGUUGUUAUCACCUAAUUAUCCGGUAACGUCGUGAUGCGAUGUGAGAAACCGUGCGAGGCUUGGACAGCGCCGUUAAACCGGUUCAACCGACUGUGGACUUGUCGCCAGCCGCAAAGACUUCACUGACUUCAGAUAUAAAAAACAACAACCCUGUGAUGUUUUGACAUCUCCCAGUGUCUCGAUAACUGCAGACUUCAACCCAAAGCAACGGCACUUCAUUGAGCUACCACUGGGAGGCAUAAAUAUAUAGGCUUCAAACUCCAGCUCAGCAAACAGACAUCAUGUCUUCCAGGGAUCGUCGGUCAGACGUCUACAUAAAGGCAGAACCGAGCAGUCCAGAGGGAGGCGGGGGAGGUCGGAUCAGCCCUGGCGGGGCCUCCUCAGACUCGUCUCAUAGCGGAGGCGGAGGGGUCAGAGGAGACGGCGUCAAACGUUACUCGCCGCCACUCUACACGCCGGCCCUGCGCUGCCACUUCAAAGACGAGGCUGGGGACGGGCCAGAGGAGGGCUCCGCUGGAAACGGAGCGGGGCGAUGCAAGUACGCCCUGAGCACGCUACCGAAGAGGCUGUGCUUAGUAUGUGGGGACGUGGCCUCGGGUUACCACUACGGCGUGGCGUCAUGCGAGGCCUGCAAAGCAUUCUUCAAGAGAACCAUCCAAGGCAACAUUGAAUACAGCUGUCCGGCAUCGAACGAGUGUGAGAUCACCAAGAGGCGCAGAAAGGCUUGUCAAGCAUGCCGCUUCACCAAGUGCCUCAAAGUAGGCAUGCUGAAAGAGGGAGUUCGUCUUGACAGGGUCAGAGGUGGACGGCAGAAGUACAAAAGACGCCCCGAAGUGGAGAAUGCAACAUACCAGAGUGCCCCUCUACCGCUGACAAAGGAGAGUGAAAAAGGUUCCUCCAACAUCAUUGUGUCCCACCUUCUAGUGGCAGAGCCAGAAAAGUUAUUCGCCAUGCCUGACCCCCUGCAGCCCGACACAGCCCAGCGCACGCUCACAACUCUCUGUGACCUUGCUGACCGGGAGCUGGUCGUCAUCAUCGGCUGGGCCAAACACAUUCCUGGCUUCCUGUCGCUGUCCCUAGCGGACCAGAUGUCCGUGCUGCAGUCGGUGUGGCUGGAGGUGCUGGUGCUGGGCGUAGCGUACCGCUCGCUCGGCUGCGAGGACGAGGUGGUGUUCGCGGAGGAUUUUGUCCUUGACGAGGAGAUGUCACGUGUUGCUGGACUGACAGAGCUAAAUGCAGCAAUUAGUCAACUCGCUCGCCGUUUCCGGGCGCUAAACGUGGACCGGGAGGAAUUUGUCAUGCUAAAAGCCAUCGCACUCACUAACUCAGACUCCGUUUACAUCGAGGACAUGGAGGCCGUGCAGAAGCUGCGGGACCUCCUCCACCAGGCCCUGCUGGAGUUGGAAUGUCAGCGGCGCCCCGACGACCCCCAGCGGGCGGGACGCCUCCUUUUAACAUUGCCUCUCCUCCGACAGACUGCUGGCCGUGCUCUUACCACCUUCUACAGCAUCAAGACCCGCGGCGGUGUACCCAUGCACAAACUAUUCCUGGAGAUGCUGGAAGCCAUGAUGGACUCCCCCUAGAGCAGAAAAGCAGCAGUAAAUAGGAUGCAGAGAAAGACCCAACAGAGAUCUAGUCUUCGACAGUGGAUGAGUUGUGAGAAAUGAAAGAUUUUAUUAAGAGAAUUAAUAACGAGGAAAAUGGUCUUUUUUCCCUUUUUCCAUAGGCUGUACAUGAAGAAAGGAAAAGAAUAUGAGAAAACAAAAAGCUGAUGUAAUCAUGUCCCUAAGUGGGAAUUUACAGUAAGAGGUAACUGCCACACUUCAGUAAAAGGCUCCCAGAUGUGAAAAACACGAAUUAACAUGAAUGCCAGAAUAGUCUCAUGGUGUGUUCCAUCACAGCAUCGAUGUGCAGUUGCAUAACCACUGAAGAACAACAUUUAGGUACCCAAGAAACAGACUGCAAACGUGGCUUUUGAACUUUUAAAAAAAAUAAUGCAACAUCUACUCAUGAAAGCCAUAAUAACAUAUCCGGCAAAAAGACUUGAGGGUCCAGCAUAGGGUCAGAUUAACAUGCACACGGAGUGCUUGUAUUUACUAUAGUUUAGUGUGCCGUUGUAGGCAAAUUCAUAGGAAUUACUUGCAAUAUGUUAAAAAGCAAUAUAACGACUCGAUUAUUGUCUGUCACAUUUAAAAUGUGGAUUAAAUGGUUAAGACAUCUAGCUGUGCGUGUAUAUCGGUAGUUCUCCACUCUCAGGACCCCCUGAGUGCUGACAGUAGAGACUGGUUUGCCAGGGGAGUUCAUUUAAAAACCUGGUAAUGGAGAAAACCAGCACUUUUGGGGUUAAAUACUGGAGUAGGGAACCGCUGAUGUACAUAGUAGGUGCAGGAUUCUUUAUAAAAGGUUGUGCAAUUGAUUUGUAGUCCAGGAGAAGUGCAUAUGUGUGCUCAUAGAAAGCGCUACUUGGAAGGUAAUAUAUACAGUGUUGUAUGUGGAUCCUAUUGGCACACAAAAAAACUAGCUUCCAUACAAGCAAGCGUGUGCGUUCGUGUGCAGUCUAAACCAGUGAGCCACACUGAGAUCAGGGAAGAACGUCAUUGACGUUAAAGCGCGGCAACAACGGUGGUCCGAGAAGAAAUGCCUCAUCUGCUUUUUUAUACUGUCCUCCUCCUGUAGAUCGAACCACUAUUUUUAACUUCAGCAGCUGUGCUGAUUAAAAAAUAACGGUGUGACCUAUUUGAUUUGUGGGCUAUAACACUAAUCCAUGUAACUGAUAGGCGAUGGUGAGAUUUUGCUGCAUUUUCCGCAGUCGUUGCAUAAAAGAGCUCCAUUGUUCCGAUGAGAGAUCCCUCCUUUGCGUUUCGUACAUCUGUUGAACUUUAACUUGCAAGUGCCCGUAACGGGCUCAGGAUGCAACAUAUGCAACAUCUGCCUUUAGGAUGUUGAAACCUUGUCUGGCAACAUCCUGAAAGUCCCACUUCAUUGUUCAGCAAGUUACAGUAGAAACCAUCAUGAUAGUAAGCUUCACAUGCAAUGCAAAGGCUACAGUAUCUGAUGUCAAAAUCAGAUAUAAUAUUUAGUGGCCAAAGGGCCAUGAAUCUUUCAGCCAUGUACAGUUCCAUUUAAAUAAACAGAAACAUGCAAUUUAUAGAUAAUAAAGCCAGCAAAAUGUGAUACAAAUUCCCCAUUACAAUUAUAUUUGUGCAGCUUACAGUGUUCUGAAAUUUGUAAAGACUUGAAACUUGCUUUUUUUCAUACAUUUUCCUUUUUAAGGGUAUUUUAUUUACAUUGUGACACUGUUGUGGGUUUGGUAUUGAAAAGAAGCUUUCCAUUCAGGAUAUUAUGUUUUUUUUUUUUUUUUAUGUAAGCAGUUGUGUGUUUUCUGAAGCUGAUUGCCAUUUUAGGGAUCAAUUUUACAUGGCUCUAUAGAUUUAGCAUCAUGAUGAGGCUACAGAGGGCUACCUCAGGAGGCAGAGUGAAGCCAGACGGCCAAAUAACUGUGGAGACAAAAUGUAAUUCUUGAUCUUUUUGAUUUGUCAACUUAAAUUUGAACAUUUGGGUUUGCGGAAACACCUGAGAUCAUUUAUUUUUUUGUUUUUCAUAACGUACGUGGCUCAUUAAUCAAGAUGCCCCAUGGUACUGUACAAAGUGUCUCACAGUGGGGGGGCAAGCCUGCAGUUGGUAUGGUUUCACACAAAACACUGGAGGUCAUUUACAGCUGUUCAUAAGUUACAACUUACAUAUUUCUGUCAUCUAGCAAACAAUAAAUCUAGAUACCUGGGUCGAGUUCUUCAUAUUAACUUGGUUAUUUACACAACGGUAGCUUUUUCAUUAGCAUACAACUAUGUUUUAGGUACGUUGGGUUAGGACGAAGGCAGGGUCAUUUGCAGUGUCACUGUUAAAAAUUAUACAGUCAUUUGUAGGUUUAUUAAAUAUGUGCGCAUUAAUAUAAAAUGAGCAAUACAAUAAAAUUACCAAACCUCACACAUUUCCUUGUAUAGCCACAGUGUACAUUUAACAUUGCCAGUUAUAAUGAAGAAAUAGCUACUAAACGUUAUAUUAUUUAGAAGUUCAAAUCAAUGUUUGUAUUUUGAAAGACUAUUUAAAUGAUUAAAUUCUAUUUUUUACUCAAUUUACUGUUGUUUGUUGACACUGCUUUAUUUUUUUGCGUGUGAUAUUGGCUGUGAAUUUCUGUGUGUAGUUUUUUUUUUCUUUUUUUUUCAUUUAGAUAAAACAGUUUGAUGUCCUUGUCUAAACAUGUCCACAUUAAAAAAAAUCACUGUGAAAAAAGUGAGAUCUUCCACUGUCUGACGCAAACGGGGAGUGGAUUAUUGUAGGUGCUUUGUGUUGUGUAAUAAAUGGACACACCACCACCACA